UAGAGAGAGAGGGGCAUGGAGCUGAUCUGGUUGGUUGGUUGGUGAGUCGUCACUUUCUUCCAUUACUCGCUCGUGGGGUGUUAUAACCCAAUCCCAGUUUGUUUUCCUGCACCUUUAUCUAUGUUUUUUAUCCAUACUGCACCGCACUGCAUUGCAUUGCAUUGCAUGAUGCCCAUCAUCAGCCCAGUUAGUAUCACCUUCCUUUCCUCAUUCCACCUAUACCAUUCCCAUUCCCAUUCCAAUUCCAGGCUAUAUAUACACACACACACACACGCGCGGUACAUACCCUCCACAAUAAACCGCUAGCUAGCUAGGCUUUUCAUGCUUUCCUAUUGAUUGGUUAAUUAGUUUUAAUUGAUUGAUUAAUUAGAGCAGCAAGGUUGCUCGCUCAACUUAUGCCCACUGCUCCCGCCUCCAAACUUUUUGGUUGGUUGGGUACCUUCCUUCCUUUCUUUCUUGUUGUUAUCUAUCUUAUCUGUUUACACCCACCGGAGGGGCAGGGGAACAUCUUCGUCAACACGGUCGAUCGAUCCGAUCAAUAUUGGAAAAUGAAUGAUACUACUAACAAUGAUGAUAAUAGCAGCAGCAGCAGCAGCAUAGAUAUGAAUGAGGAGCGGCUCCUGGCGGAGGUGGCUUUCAAGGAGGACUCCCCCUCCUCCGUCGUCAUCAAGAUCCGUCGGAAGCUGCCCGACUUCCUGCACUCCGUCAAGCUCAAAUACGUGAAGCUUGGGUUCGGUUACUCCUGCUGCAGCAGCAGCAGCAGCAAUCCUCCUCCUGCUGCAGUGUUUGUGUUCUUUACAGCCAUAGCCAUAGCCAUAGCCGUGGCCUUCGCCACACACCUUUUGGGUGCGACUGCAUUCACCACGACGUCUUUGCUGGCGGAGGCGUCACCAUCAUCGGUAUUGGUGGGAUGCGCAGCCCUCGCCGCCCUGCUAGGCAUCGCCUGGGCAAGACGCCGGCGCUCCGUCUACCUGGUAGAUUUCGCGUGCUACAAGCCCCACGAUGAGAGGAAGCUGUCGGUGGACGCGUUCCUCAAGAUGACCCAGGACACCGGCGCCUUCGGGCAGGACGCCGUCGACUUCCAGAGGAAGAUAUCCCGCCGCUCCGGCCUGGGCGACCAGACCUACUUCGCCCGGGGCAUCACCUCCACCCCGCCUUGCCUGUCCAUGGAGGAAGCUCGCCGGGAGGCGGAGGCCGUUAUGUUCGGCGCGCUGGACUCCCUCCUCGGCAGCACCGGCGUCAAGCCCCAGGAGGUCGGGAUCCUCAUCGUCAACUGCAGCCUGUUCAACCCCACGCCGUCCCUCUCUUCCAUGAUCGUCAACCGCUUCAAGCUCCGGGCCGACAUCAAGAGCUUCAACCUGGGCGGGAUGGGGUGCAGCGCCGGCCUCAUCUCGAUCGACCUCGCGGACCGGCUGCUUCAGGCCAACCCCAACACCUACGCGCUGGUGGUGAGCACGGAGAACAUAACCCUCAACUGGUACAUGGGCAACGACCGCUCCAUGCUGCUCUGCAACUGCAUCUUCCGCAUGGGCGGCGCCGCCAUCCUCCUGUCCAACAGGCGCGGGGACAGGCAGCGGUCCAAGUACGAGCUGGUGCACACGAUCCGCACCCACAAGGGGGCGGACGACAGCAGCUACGGGUGCGUGUACCAGCGCGAGGACGAGAAGGGGGUGGUGGGGGUGUCGCUGGCCCGGGAGCUGAUGGCGGUGGCCGGCGACGCCCUGAAGACGAACAUAACGACGCUGGGGCCCCUGGUGCUGCCGCUGUCGGAGCAGCUGAGGUUUCUGAUGACGCUGGUGAGGAGGAAGGUGGCGGGGGCCCGGGUGAGGCCGUACAUCCCGGACUUCAAGCGGGCGUUCGAGCACUUGUGCAUCCACGCGGGGGGGAGGGCGGUGCUGGACGCGGUGCAGAAGAACCUGGGGCUGAGCGAGUGGCACAUGGAGCCCUCCCGGAUGACCCUGCACCGCUUCGGGAACACCUCCAGCAGCUCGCUCUGGUACGAGCUGGCCUACAUGGAGGCCAAGGGCCGCCUCGCCAGGGGGAACCGGGUCUGGCAGAUCGCCUUCGGGUCGGGGUUCAAGUGCAACAGCGCCGUCUGGAGGGCGCUGAGGCACAUCCCCUCCUCCUCCUCCUGCAACCCCUGGCUCGAUUGCAUUCGGAAAUACCCGGUGCAACUGGAGCCCCCCCAUGCUACAGAAGAAAUUCUCGCGCCCUCCUCCUUCAAAGGAUCUUCUUAAAAGUACGCCCUACCCCUUACCCCUUCCGAUCAUCUAUCUCUAUCCAUCUAUCCAUCUAUCUAUCUAUCUAUUGGGGGGAGUAUUCAUUCCUCCCUCCCGAUUCCUUAAAAUAUAUACAUACGGAUUACAUUUAUACGUGGGACAUACAUUAAUAUAUACACACGCAUAUAAAUUGGAAGUCCCGCAAAACUUCAACAUCCCAAAGUGUUGGUACGGCCGUGUGGAUCAAUUUAUAUUAGUAUUAUGAUUAUUUUUAUACGCAGCAAGUACUGUGCAAAUUGAUACAUCCCAUUCCUUGUGUUGUGUUGUAUCCUCUUUCUCCGAAUCCCUCCCUCCAUUCGCCGCCCGCAUCAAUCUGUCAGUUGUUCGAUGGAUUCAAUUGUCACCCGAGUAUACACUGUUAGCUGAACGCGGUAGGAUCUACAUAUUUACAUGCUGGCUGUUAAACUAUAUAUAUAUAUAUAUACACACACGUAAAUUACAUUUAUUGCUGUUGAUAAGAAAUUAGACCGUCAAUUCUAUCCGACUUGUAAGAGUUAUUAUUUGUAUCCAAUGAGAUUCCAAGGUUGAGUUGUUUUGAAAAUUAGCAAGACACUACUCUGUAGGAUGGAGUGAUGCAUAAUGCUCUACUUAUAUAAAGCAUUAGCAAGACACUUGAAAAGAAAAGAGAGCUGUUGAAGCUGGCUUGGCGCUAUAAUUUUCAUCCUUGUAAUGGCGUGCUCGGCAGCCUUUCUGUUAGUUAAGGUUCUUUGAAUA